CUUUCUAAAACGAAAAUCUUGAAGGGAAAACUUCCCUUUCAGAUAUCCCCGGUGCAGGUGAAAGAAAAUUGAAUUUUUAGCAGGAACAGGAGGGAAAGGAUGAGAGUUUUAGGCCUUCCAGUUUUUGUUUUGUUAAUGCAAAACAUUUUCAUAUGCCGAGCCACUUUAAGUGAACCAGACAAUUCUACAGAUUUGGAUCCAUCCAUAGACCCCGCGAAUCUGAAAAUGUAUGACCAAGAAAUGGAAGCAACAUUAGGAGAAUUAAAUCUUGGAAUGGAUUACUUUGAGGGAGACAUAAAGCUAACCCAACAACUUAGAGACUACAUAAAGGCCUCUCGGGGAAGAAACAUUCUCCAAGCCAGAGCACUUAUAAGAGAUGAACGAAAAUUGUGGCCUAAUGGUGUGGUGCCAUAUGCGCUUGCUAGUGAUCUGAGUACAGAAAGUCAAGGUUACAUAAAGUCAGCAAUACAAGAGUGGGGUGACAACACGUGCCUGACGUUUAGACCUAAAAACGACGCCGACCAGGAUUACAUAGAAUUUGUCUACGAGGUAGGAUGCUCCUCAUAUGUGGGACGUAUUGGCGGCCAGCAGACGAUUUCAGUCGGAAACGCAGAUGGCUCCAUUACUUGCAAACACGGUAACCUUGUUCACGAAAUUGCUCAUUCUCUGGGAUUCUUUCACGAGCAUAGCCGACCGGACCGUGAUCAGUACGUUGAAAUUAAGUGGGGAAAUAUUGAAAUGGGUUAUCAAAGGAACUUUGAAAAGGAAACUAAAGCUACUGUGAACUCUCGAGAUGUGGAAUACGACUAUGGCUCAGUUAUGCACUACGGUGAAUUCUUCUUUACGAAGGGUAAAGGAUUAAAAACUCUGGAACCAAUACAAGACACGUCCGCAACCAUUGGUCAGAGAGUCGGGCUCAGUGACCUGGAUAUAAAACAAGGAAAUUUGCUGUAUAGUUGCCCAGGUUAUAAAGAUGACAUAACAAAAGGACGUGGAACAAGCCAAGCCCCAGUAGACGAAGAAUUGUGGGAUAAACCACUCCGCGAACACGAAGUUAAAGUCCUUAGAAGUAAAGUACACAAGAAAAACGCCGAGAAGAAAAGCAGUCAUCUUCACACGAUCUUGAAAAAGAAGGCGGUUCCCAAGAAAUCAACCGCGCUAAAAAAGGCUUCUCUUACCAAAACGGAAGAAAGAACAGCCAAGCACUCCAAGCCUGAUUCCAGAUCAAUGGUGUUGAAAGAAAACCAGAUAAAACCUCAGUUACAGGAAGCGUACCACCAGGAUGACGCGAAUAUUUUAGAAGGAGAUGACGAAGAAGACGAUGUGUCUUACUCACGAGAUGUUAGCUCGCCUGCGAGUGCCCCAGAAACACCCAACCAACUUGCCACUGAUAGAGCAACGCUGGCUCAGGAAGAGGAAGACGCAGUUCAGCAACAGGAUAGCGACGAAAUAGCAGGCGAGGAGAAUUUAGGAAAAGACUACUUUGAAGGCGACAUGAUACUGACACCUGACCAAAAUGAUUUCCUAAGCAAUAUUAAGAAAGACGACAGCGUGCAACAAGGCUCCAAACGGGCUCUCAUUAAGGACAAAAUGUAUCUCUGGCCGAACGCCAAAGUGUACUAUAAUUUUGACAAGGGAGUAGAUAGGAUAGGAAGGAGACGAGCUCGUGCAGCUAUGCGCCACUGGCAGAGACACACUUGCCUCAAGUUCAAACGAGUCAAGAAACCAGCCGACGACUUGGGAUAUAUAAAUUUCGUUUUUGAGGGAGGCUGUGCUUCCCGAGUUGGUCGCGGUGGAGACAAGGCCCAGAAGCUGACAAUUGGAAGCAAAGCACUGCGGUGUAAAAUAGGAAACAUAAUUCACGAACUGGGUCAUGCUGUUGGCUUCUUUCACGAGCACAGUCGACCUGACAGGAAUAAAUAUGUUCGAGUGCUCAAAAAGAACAUCCUUCCAGGUUACGAAAGAAACUUCUACAGAUUUGGAAAGAAGUGGAUUGAUUCAAAGGACGUGCCAUACGAUUACGGAUCUAUCAUGCACUACAACAGAGCAUUUUUCUCCCGUUUUCCUGUCAUGCUCGAUACUCUGAUUCCUCUGCGGCAUGUUGAUAUUGGUCAGCGAAGGGCUCUCAGUAAAUUCGACAUCCUGCAGGCUAACUUACUCUACCAAUGUGAUGGGAGGAAAAAGUUAACUGACGAAGAGAUAGAACAGCUCAAACAAGAAAGCAAUGACCAAGCUAGCGGGUCGGAAGUCGCCUGCGCGGAUGUUUACGAUCGCGAUUCUUGCUCUAUGGUGAAGACCCGAGGUUAUUGUCAGAAAUUUCCGACAAGCAUGAGGACAACGUGCGGGAUCACGUGUAACUUGUGCGGCAGUAAUUACAAGGAUUCCCAAAGAGGAUUAGGGGCGAGAAAAAAGACCUCAGCCACACAUGCGGUGACGCGUAAAAGUUUGGUCACCAAAUUGAAGAUUUCUCCACCUAAGGAAGUGACAGGAUCUAAAAGAAUGGUCCCUGAGAGGAAACCUCAAACUACUUCAGAUACUACUGAAUUUUGAGAAUGAAUGCCAAAAAAAAGGAGACCGUCCACAGACAUCACAGCGACGCUUCGUCAAAAACAGCAAAUUGAACGCUUUUCUAAGUCAACUAACACCUUAGCAGAUGAAUAUUUUUUUUCUGCUGUUGCUUGUUUUUAUCAUUCGGCUUAAUUCUGCCAAAGCUCACAAGAAUCAGAAAUAUUCAAUAUUUGCAGAUUUAUUACUGGACUUUAAACAGACUUCCUGUAGCGACAUUUA